AUGGCACACACAAAAAUACGGAGAUGUCAUACGGUCCAGCUCGAAUACGACCAGCUGAAAACACGUUUAAAGAAGGGCGUUACAAAAGACGACAACGUGUUUUCUUUGGAUCUCCAGGUGCCAGACGGCUUGCUGGAGUUGGUGGUGGCUGGCUGGCUGACUGAACGGAACGCUGAAAGUUCUCCUUUAGCAGGUGGCAUUAGAGACAAUCAAAUUUACUUGUCACAGUUCGAAUCCGAUCGCUUAGAACAACUUAAACAAUUGGAGCUGAGGGGGAACUUUUUAACCGACCUGUCCGGCAGUUACCCGGCCAGCCUCGAGGCUCUGUAUCUGGCGGAGAAUCGCAUCAAGGAACUGACACUGUCGUCCGCCGACUUUCGGCGGCUGGCCGUCCUCCACCUGCGCGAGAAUUACGUUCGGAAGCUGGACGGACUCGGACGCGCCGAUCUGCCCAGCUUGAGGUAUCUCAACCUGCGAAAGAACAAGAUCACGAAGUUCAGGCAGUUUCGAAAGCUGGCCCGGCUGCCCAAGCUGGAAACGCUAAUCGUCUUGGGGAAUCCGUUUUACGGCGAGGAAGAGAAACCGGGGGAGGACGACGAAGAGCUAGGCGACGAGGAAGAGAAGGAGGACAUCGCCAGAAUUCCACUGCUGGUCCUGCUUCCGCAACUGAAACGCAUAAACAAGGGUCCGGUGACGGUCGAGGAGCGGGAGGAGGUGGCCGAGGUACGUGAGGAAAAGCUCGAGGAAAUUAUGGGGGAGGAGAGUAGCGACGAUGAGAUGCCAACGACGACGGAGUACACGACGGAGGAGGAGGAUUAAUAAGUUUUCUACGUGUUUUAUGGAAGCUAUAGCAAACUUUUGACGAAGUAAUUACCGUUUGUCCAC